UGGGAAGAUCGUGUUUUUACUGACUCCCGCUCAGUAGGGAGUGCUGUACCAAACAGGUUUAGAUAUUUGAGUAGCUAAUAGCUGAAACAUGAUUUUGCAAAUCUUUGUGGGCGUCAGCCUGAUGCAGUAUGUCAGCUCUCAAUGCAGCUAUUCCUCAUGGAUGUCCAGCUUUGAUUCAAAAGGACAAUCGAAAUGUAAUGAGAUCAACGCUUACAUCAAUGGACUGGACAGAAAUGUCGUUGUCAACUGGGGGGACGAUCCUCUCAUUUACUUAGAAGGUGCUGAAUGUUGUCAACCCCCUUCUCCUUGGAAUACCGUGGAACAGCAGGUAGUCUACGAGGACUGGACUUCUGCGCUAGACAAUGAUUACUCCUGGGCUUAUUGUCCUGUAGGCUACUUCCUUCAAGGCUUAUACAGGUCAGAUACUGGAUGGCCAAGAUGGAGUGGCUAUCUUUUCAACCUCGAGCAUGCAAGAUGCGCCAAACCUGCCAACCACCCAUUGAAUUAUGGGAAAUGUGAGUAUGUUGACAUAAGUGUCUGCAUGAGUCAAAAACGUAAAUGUUUUUGUCCAGAUGACUCUUUUAUAACCGGACUGUACCGAGCUGAUGGAGAUGACCUUUACUUUUUGAAAAAACUUUAUUGCUGUACAUUAGUAGAAAAAGAGUUAGUCAUGGACGAGAAGAGUAAAAUACAGACGCACAUCAUGGACACGACAUUGUGGAAUAUGGCUACCUUAGCACAUUACAUGGGUUAUGGCUGGUGCUAUGGCUGCCACGGAAUGGCUGUUGGUGAAGAUUUUAACAGAAAUGGGGACACAUGGGAAGCUGAUACACACUCGUUCUGGGGCACAUCAUGUGAUGGUGAUAAAAAUAAUGAAAGACUCAACUUGGUUUUCGGAGAUUGGGGAUUUGCUGUGAAGGAAAUUAUUUAUGGGAAAAGUGUCACAGAUGAUCUUCAAGCAGAAAGUGUAGACAUUGGAGAACUUUACAAUAAUUCGACUUCAACUUCGACUGAAUCUGUUGAAAGAACUAAGACGAUCCAAGAAACUAUUACUCAUUCUACCACAAGUUCAUUUACUAACAGUCACGAACUUGGGAUAGAACUCGAAUUUGAAUAUGCGGGAGUCAAGGGGAAAGCUUCUUAUAAGACUACAUUCGAAUAUUCAACUUCAAAAACAAAUGAAAAGAGUAUUUCUGAAACUCAAGGCUUUACCAAACAAUCUUCCAUCACGCUUGGACCAAAGGAAGGAGCUAGAUACGAGAUAAUCAUGAACAAACGGAGAACCACUGUACCGUACACUGCAAUCAUUACCACCAAGUUUUCUACAGAAAUGAGAGGAUUCUUGCGCUGGGAAGACGGUAAUGGUAAUUUCCAUCAAAAAUAUAAAACUAACAGAGAUAGACCCACCUACAAUUUUCGCUUUGGAAACGCCAACAACACAUUUUACAAAGAUCUAAAGAAACAAAGUGAUAACAACGAAGGAGUCUGGAUGUGGGGAAUGUUAUUUCAGAAGUUCCCAGAUGCACGUCAAGUCAUCAACAGACUUACUGAUGAAACUCAAUAUCAAUUUACUUUAAAAGGGAAACUUGAAAAAGUUGAAGGCACAAGUGUUAAUGUUAAGUGGGAUAAAUUAAAAAAAAAUCGCCGUGAUGUCUCUAAAGAUAAGCUUCCUCCAAGAAACAUCACAACUUACAUUGCUAAAGCAAGUCAUGCUGAUAAACCAGUUGUGGUUGAGUACCCACAGGUUAAGUUAAAUAAACAGGAACCAUUUAAACCUAUUCAGAUUCCUGUCACAGGAUUGAAAGUCUAGACCUCAAGAAAUCUUGAACCUGUAGUAUGUUUUCUUAACAAUAAUAAUGGCAAAUAAUACUUGGUUUACUCACAAACCAGUGUAAAACAUUAAAUAUCUAGAUUCAGUUCUUUAGUGUUAUGACCGGCAUUCUAAUUAUCUCAAUUCUCAAUGCUUUAAUUAAAAAAAAACAUCAUAACAAGUGCAUUUUAAUUUGAUUUUCUUUAAAUAUG